UUCCCUGCCAUUUCUACUCUUUACGGUAAAAAAGAAAAAGUUUGAAGGAAUUUACCACUAAAUCUUUUCCUCCAUAAAGCUAUCUAUCCGUCUUUCUUUUCUUUUAAAUCUGAGAGAAAAGAGGAAGAAGAAGAGGAGGAGGAGGAGGAGGAGGAGAAAGGGUUGUGCCUUGAGAGAUCAUCGCAAGAAAUGGGGAGGGGGAGAGUCGAGUUGAAGAGGAUAGAGAACAAGAUAAAUCGUCAGGUAACCUUCUCUAAGAGAAGGAAUGGACUUCUGAAGAAGGCGUACGAGCUCUCUGUGUUGUGCGAUGCUGAGGUUGCACUCAUCAUCUUCUCCAGCCGCGGAAAGCUCUACGAAUUCGGGAGUGCUGGUAUGAGCAAAACUCUUGAAAGGUACCAAAGAUGCAACUACAACCCACUGGACAACACUACUGCUGCUCGCGAAACACAAAACUGGUACCAAGAAGUUGUGAAGUUGAAGGCCAGAUACGAAGCUUUACAACGUUCCCAGAGGCAUCUGCUGGGGGAAGAUCUGGGCCCACUGAGUGUGAAGGAACUGCAACAACUUGAGAGGCAGCUUGAAACUGCACUCUCUCAAGCCAGGCAAAGAAAGACACAGAUAAUGAUGGAGCAAAUGGAUGAGCUGAGGAAAAAGGAGCGUCAUCUUGGAGACGUAAACAAGCAGCUUAAAAGCCAGCUAGAAUCAGAAGGCCAUGUUUUCAGGAGCAUCCAAGGAUCUUCUUCAUGGGAAUCUGGAGUAGUUGUUGCAAACAGCUCGUUCAAUGUUAAUGCUCCUCAGGCCAGCCAGAUCGACUGCGAGCCAACCUUACAGAUAGGGUACCACCAGUUUGUUCCUCAAGAUCAGAAUGCCAGCAUUGCCAGGAGUGUUGCUCCUGAAAAUAACUUUGUUCAAGGCUGGGUCCUGUAAUCCUUACCAUUAAUGAAAGCAAUAUGGCCUAGACUUUGCUGAUGGGGAAACUUUGCUAUAAGUUCUAACUGCUUGUAAAGCUAUAGACAUAUUUGUAAUGCAGAAACUUUGUUCUUAA